CCGGGACCGGUGACUCCCUCUGUCCGUCUCCCAGGCCCUGCCCCCCAGGAUGCGGAUCUCACACUUUCUGGCUUGCGGACUUUCACUGGCCCUGCUGUCCGUCCGGCUGGAGGCGAGACCCGCGGCGCAGCCCCAGCAGAAGCCCCCACGGAGCGCGCCGGGACACGAGCUGGCGGAGAGCCUGGCCGCGGGCUCCGAGCGAGGGGAGACGGCGGGCGGCGGCCGGGGCUCGGGCUCGCGGCUGCUGCGGGAGCUGCGCGUGGACACCAAGUCCCGGGCCGCCUGGGCCCGGCUGCUGCGCGACUACCCCGGCAAGCGGCGGCACAAGGGCGUCAGCAAGAAGGGCCUGUCCAAGGGCUGCUUCGGCCUCAAGCUGGACCGGAUCGGCUCCAUGAGCGGCCUGGGCUGCUAGAGCGGCGACACCUGGCGGCGGGCUUUGAAUACAUUCCCCACCCCCAUGGCCAUGUCUGGCCACUCCCCAGCCGACACCUAGAGGAGCAGAGAACACCGGAAAUGGGACAGACGACGUGGUUGUGUUUUUCUUUUCGGUACGAGGAGUCAUGGCACCAGCUGUUUUGGUUUUCUUAUUUUUUAAGAUUAAAAAGUUCUUUCUAUCUUAUAUAUUGUAUAUUCUAUACAAACACUCACCAGGACAAAGGACAGUGCUUUUCCAAAAGACUGAUGCAGCCAGCUGUAUAACAUUGCUGUUUGAAAAUCCAUGUCAUGCAUAAAUGUAUUUAUGUUGUAAAGCUAUUUAUAUAUUGUUUAUAAAGAGAUAUUUAUAAAAAUUUUAUUUAUGUAACUAAAUGA